GACCACCUGCUGGACCAUGCCCUGGACGUCGCGCUGAACAGGUUCCUGACCUCCAGCGACGGCAACGCGGCCACCCAGUCGGAGAACGCGCAGCUGCCUGUCGCAUGCCCUGGUAUCGGGGCCGGCUCGGUGUCCGUGGACGGCUACUACUGCGCGCGCCGCUACAUGACAGGGCAGGUCAGUGGCGAGCACAACUUCCGGGCCUUCUUCUCUCGGUACCAGAGGACGCCGCGCAAGACGACGUUGGACGACUUGCAGAACCUGGACGCAGAGUACGUGCACAGGGUGCUGCGGCUGUCUCACGCGAUGUUGCUGUCCGCGAAGCAGUACGUGCUUUUCAAGACGCACGGGUCCGGGCCCAUGCUCGACGUGCUGAACGGCGCGCCGGCGGGUGCCCCGCACGGCGUCAACGAGGUGCACGACGCAGAGGCAGAGGGCGACUCGCCAGAGGCGCGCCACUAUUCGGCGUUCGACACUCACGUCGCGAAGGUGCUCUCGUGGUGGUCUGGGGACAAGGUGGCGUGCCACCUCUCGGCCGUCGGCGCGUACAAGCUCGCGACUUCCGACAGGGGCGCGUGGGCCGACCGCCUCUCGUUCGGGAACCGCUAUACCGGCGCUUCCACGCGCCCCAGGUUCAUUCCGACGAGUCCGGUCACCGAGGCGUCCAAGUCCGCGCGCGAAUACGAUUUGAACGAGAAAAACGUCACCGACGCCGCGGUCUUCAUCCACGUGAUCACCCAGCGCGCGGCCCCCGGAGCGCAGCCCAUACGCCGGCUCGCGGCCCGCCCCGAUCCGGAGAGAGUCCGGUCUGGCGGGUGGACCGGGACACCGCGCAUCGCCGACGCUAUAUGGCUGGGCUUCCCGCGCGAGGGCCCCUGCCCCACGUGCGAGGGGAAGUGCGACAACACGUUGACGUACGUCUACGGGUGCACGACGACGGCGGAGGCCGCUGGCGACAACUGCCAGAAGGGCGCGCCCGGGGCCAACUACGAGCUGGACCACGGCGCGAUGACCAUCAUUCCCACUGGCCAGGGCAACCGGGGCGCCAAGCGCGGACCACCACUCGGCCAGUUCCUGAGCAAGAAGAAGCGCGACCCAGCCAGCGCGCAGCACAAGAUGGACAGGGGCAAGGAGGAGACAGGGAAGCUGCCCCUGAACGACGAGGCCACGAAGAGGCAGGCGGUGACUGACCGGGGCAAUCGGCCGGUCGCCGCGCCACGGGCGCUGACCAAGCUGCCGGCCCACGAGCACGCGAUCAACGCGAUCGAGGAGCUCUGCCGGGCCGGGAAGAUCGCGGAGGAAGAGAUGCUCGAGCGCGCUUCGGGCUAUAGCGCCGGUCUGGUGCUGGGGCGGACCAAGGGUGGCUCGCCGCUGUACCACAUGCAGGCGUACUUCGCGGCGGCCAGUGCUUGUCGCGCACCCAGCACAAAGAAAGCUCUCAGCGCGGGCGACGCCGGGGCCCUGCUGAGACAUGCGCUAGAUGGCAAACUGCACCACAAGAACAACUUGCUUGCGAAGCUGCUGUCGUCGCUCAAGAAGGCAGAGCCUGCCGACCUCAAGUCCAACCGCGUCGGGCUCGGGGAGUGCAUCACUCGGUUGGUCUGCGACGAGUGCGCGAAGUCGACGGCGCUGCGAGUUCCGAAGAAGGUGCUGGAGGCGCUCGGCACAAACUUGACCGCAGCAGAGGUCACCAACGCGGUCGCUACAGCUAUGGGCACGGCGAUCGGCGAGCUGGUGAUCAUGCGCACGCGCGACGUCUGGGUGCUGCGCGGCCGGGGGCGCGAGCGCGUGGAGGCGCGCAACGCCUGGGCGAAUGGCGCGGGCCGCAGCGGGCACGCGCCCCUGCCGCGCCCACCGGUGCCGCUCGCGCCCGGCGAGGAGGCGGUCAUGCGCCUCAGCGCCGCAGGCCGCGCUCUGGCCGGUUACCCGGUCAGGGCAGUGGGGCGCGCCGCGUUCGCGCAGCCGCCGGGGUCUGUCGACGAGCCCGGGACCCAGCUGCACACCAGGACUACGCGCAACCCGCUUAAGUGGCUCAGCCGCGCGGACGCCGCCCGGGUCCUCCAGGCCGAGGACAGGGCGGACACGAACAUGGACGAGGACGCGCUCGACGCGGAGCUGCUUGGAGAGCUGGGCGACGUGGAGACGCACGUCAAGCGGCUGAAGACGGCGAUGGAGGAGCGGCCCCUCGCGGUCGGCGAGCACGUGGCCAAGCUGCAGAGGCUGACGCUAGCGGAGUUCGAGGAGCUGGCGCCGCUGUGGACGGCCGACGGAGCAGCGUUUGGCGAGCGGUGCCUCGUUCACGAGCGCGACGGCAAGAGGCGGAAGGUCUCGUCGUCUAAGUGCCUGGCGCUGCUCAACCGGGCCCGGGGCUGGAUGGAUCGCAUCAGGGAGGGCGACCCCAAGAUCGUGGUUUCCGACAGCCAGAAGCGCGAGCUGAUGCGCGCUCGACUGUUGCUGGCGUCCUCCAUCGACUCUUACGUCAUCGAGGCCCAUUGGAUAGGCGGAAUAGAGAGCGCACUGGCAUCCGCUCGCGAGGCCGCGCCGACCGACGCAGCGGGCAUCUUGCGCAAACAGCUCCACAUCAGCAACACCAGUUCCACAUCCCAGACGCUCGGGCUCUGGGAGGCGCGCGACUGGCCGGUGGCCAACAGUGGUGUCUCCGACGAGGUGCGUGCCGACUGGUUGCUCAGCGGCAAGUGGAUUCGCGACGCGCAGCAGCACGUCGAGUGGACGGCGUCCGACGGCAACAAGCACCACGUCGUCCAAGGUAUGUGCUCCAGGAUACGCGGGACGUCGCUGCGCAACCUGAUGUUCCAGGCGGCGUACACGGACACGGGCCUGGCACAGGCUGCGGAGCUCGGCUGUGUUAGCGAGGGGCCUGCAGAGUACCGCAAGUCCGGUGACGACGCGGCUUUGCGCUUGCGGCGACUGCUGGCCUUGAUCACCAACGUCUUGAGCGUCUACCCGUCGGGGCAUGUGCUGAAGGAGAAGGCGCAGUCGUUUUCGGCCGAGAGCGCGGAGUACCUGCGCAUCCUGUACGACGAGACUGGAGUUCACGGUUACGAGGAACGCGCUUUGGGGACUCUCAUCUUGCGGGACGCGAACCGCGACUGGGAGCUGCCGCUCGACGGCGUCCUUGGCGGGCUGGCGACCACGACCGGCGACCUCAUUCGGAGCUGCUACUGGCCGCUGGCGACGCUGCGCAUAGCGGAUGCGGUCAUGCGCAACGACAGAGCGCACGGCGGUGUUUCGGGCCUGUUCUCCCAGAGCACGCACUGGAAGGUGCCGAUGCAGCUGGUUCGCACGCUGGGCGUGGGUCAGGCCACGAACUAUUCCAACUUGGAGUUCACCGACCGCACGGCAGCCAAGAUGGUCGCGGACAGUCCCUCCAGACGUGCGCACUACGAGCCGGGCGGCAAGGUGGAUGCCCGAGCGGUCGCGCACAACGAAGUGUCCGAGGACGUGCAGCUGCAGCUCGUAGAUUCGAAGUUCACGCCGGGCGAGACCGGGAUGUUGCUGCGUCGCGGCAACGAGAUUGUGGCCAAGCACGCCGCGACGUUGCCCAAGGUGCAGUGCGACGCCACGGAGUGGAAGGGCAACGAGCAUAGGACGGAGGCCACGUGGUGGAACGGCCAGUGGCGUAGAGUGCAGGGCAUACUGACAGUUCUGGCCCUGCCGCCGCACACCGGGAAGUUCACGUCGGCCGCCGCCUACGGCUUCGAGGACGCGGAUGAGUUGGCGACGCACCAGUACUUCAACGCCUCGAGGCUGGCCGAGCACCUGGACGGACUGCGCGGUAGGCGGAUCGCCACUUACGCUUUCGGUGCAUUGGAGGAGCUGCCGGACGACGUGGUGAUCAUCACCUGCCGCAUGGACCUGUGCACCCUGCGCGCUCAGCACUUGCUCGGGGGCAGGCGCGCCGACCGCUCGGACUGGCGUGAUUCGCGCGAGACGUUGGCUACGGAGUGGGUCAGGCACAGUGACACAAUCGAGAACGCCAGGUGCUCCAUGAUCGUGCUUGCGAACCCGGGGCUCGUCCUGUCGCCCAAAGUGCUGGUCACGCGGUACACCGUCGACCCGUCUGAGGCAGGCGUCUUGGCGUUCCAGCGGGCGUUGGACGAGGUUCAGGACGACUACCACGCCGAGGCAGCACGCGGGGCCGGUUUUCCUGGCCACCGGUUGGCUGCUGAGGUGACAAGACGGGCCUGGGCACAGCACCCGUUCUCCCGGGCCGGCUUCAACUACCUGCUGCGCGAGAACAAGGGCAAGUACGGACCAGCCUAUCGCGCCGCCUCCUUCGCGGCGCCGAUUCCCCCGACGCUGGCCAGUUUGCUGAGUGGCGCGGG